AUGCUCUCCUGUAUAUCGCGAUUAUGGCCUAACACAACAUACUGCGGCCUUGACGGAGAGAAUUGCCGUCCGUUUGACAAGACCCAGGUGGCAUUUCGCUGUCCCUCUGGGUGCAAGGCCGUCAACAUCCUCAAUCCUCGCACUAUUGGUGCUGAGGAGAUAAAUUACCGAAGCUUAGUUGUGGGUGGCCCGGCAGGUCUAGACACAGCCAACCCCGUUUACCGCGGGGAUUCCUUCAUUUGUGGUGCUGCCAUCCACGCGGGCGUAAUUGAGGAUCGGCGUGGCGGCUGUGGAAACCUAUCUCUGCUUGGCGAAAGACGCAACUUCCCUAGCGUUGAAAGAAACGGUAUCCAGAGCGUUGCGUUUAACUCGAGCUUUCCACUAUCCUUCACAUUCAAACAGGAGUCCUCUAUUCACAGCUCGCCUUCGCAAUGCAGCGAUCCACGUUGGCGCCUCCUUGGCGUGUCGGUGGUUUUCACCUUCGUCCUCUCGAUGACCACGACAUCACCGGCCCUAUUCUUUGGCACCAUUUUUACUGGAAUCUUCUUCCAUGUAGCUCUCGUAUCCGAUCCUCCUGAUUCUCCCGAUUUCGAGUCUCUGGUGUCAGCGGCGACAGGUCGUUUCCUUCCAGCAGCCUUCGUAGGCGCGGCCAUUUACCUCUUCUGUGUCCGAAGGACCCUAGAGAACCUCAACGCCCAGGUCGAAAAAACCAUCCUUUGGCUCGGAGCAUGUUGGCUUGGCGCUUUGAGCAAUGCGACUUUUGACCUGAUUCCAAUACAACGAUUGACUCCGCAUGACAUCAAACAGCAGCCUGGGGCUAUUCCCGCUUUGGGUUUCAUCGUAGUCCUGCUAUUUGCUAUUGCACUCAUACAAGCUUGGGCAUUCAGGAUCGAGGGCAGACUACCGCAGUACCUUGGCCUGUAUGCUGCUAUGGGUAUUGGCAUCUUGCUUCUAUCAGCAAUUCCCGGUCUUAAACUUCGCAUCCAUCACUACAUCCUCGCAUUGUUACUACUACCAGGCACAUCGCUCCAGACCCGACCAAGCCUGCUCUACCAGGGUCUCCUCGUAGGUCUCUUCAUAAACGGUAUUGCUCGAUGGGACUUUGCCAGUAUUCUUCAAACACCUGCCGCAUUACUUGAGGACGGACUCGUCGGAAGUCUUCUCCCUGAGGUUGUCACACCUGCCAUUGUCGCAAAUAACAUCACAUUCGCCUGGGACACCAUUGCAGAAGGCUUUCAAGGCAUCAGCGUCAUGGUGAAUGAUGUGGAGAGAUAUCGCGGCUUCAAGGAUCGUGGAGACUUGGAAUUUAGUUGGCACAGGAGUCAUGAUACGGAACCGGAGUAUUUCCGGUUUGCUUAUACGAAGUAUGGUCGUCUGGGUGGGCCUUGGGUUGCUGAUUAUACGAAGACGAGUAUCUGGCAGGAAGAUGGACGUUGGGUCCAGCCGCCCAAUGGGACUGGGUAG